AUGGAUAUCUUCAAAGUACUAUCUCGAGGAGCCACGAUCCAGCGAAACGGUAAACACAGGAAGGACCUGACUCUGCUCAACCACGCUGCUCCCAAAGACACCCAGGACAAUGUCGACAUUGAAGUUGCCCGAGAAACCGACUUUUUCAAGACCAAGACAGACACUUACUCCAAGAAGCGAGUAGCUGAGGAGGCUGAGCUGGACAAUGAAGAGGAGGAAGAGGCUCCCCCGCCCAUUAUCAGUACUCCCGAGGAGGCUGUGGUUUUCCGAAACAAGCACAAGAUCAACAUCACCGGAGAAGACUCCCCUCUGCCCAUUGGGUCGUUUGAAGACCUCAUCACUCGAUUCAACUUGCAUCCCUAUCUUCUGGCCAACCUCAAGAAGAACAAGUACACAGACCCUACCCCGAUCCAGUGCGAGAGUAUCCCUACAAUGCUGAACGGCCGAGAUCUGAUUGCCUGUGCUCCAACUGGUUCCGGUAAGACUAUGGCCUACAGCAUCCCCAUGGUGGAGAUGCUGGGUAAGAAGAAGGGCUCCAAGGACGCUAAGAAGGGAAUCAAGGCACUGGUGGUUGCCCCCACCAAGGAGCUGGCGUCUCAGAUCUUCAACGCUGUGUUCUCGCUCUGCGUGGGUGUUGGAAAAAAGAAGGACGAGCUGAAACCCUGCUUGCUGGACAAGAGCACGGCCGACAAGCUGCGAAACGGAAAAGUCAGCUCCCAGAAAUACGACAUUUGCAUUACCACCCCCCUGAGACUGGUCUCCGCCCUCAACGACGGCAGCCUGGACCUUGGAUCCCUGGAUCUGGUCAUCUUCGAUGAGGCCGACAAGCUGUUUGAGAAGGGCUUUGCCACCCAGGUCGAUGACAUUCUGGCAGCAUGCCCCUCGGGUAUUCAGAAGACUCUGUUCUCCGCAACCAUUCCUGCCUCUGUCGAGCAGCUGGCAAACAGUAUCAUGAGCACCGACCCUCUACGUAUCAUUAUCGGUAACAAGCAGGCUGCUGCCCAGACCGUUGAGCAGAAGCUGGUGUAUGCUGGAAACGAGGAAGGUAAGCUUGUGGCUAUCCGACAAAUGGCCCGAGAGGGUCAGCUUGUGGCCCCUGUCAUCAUCUUCCUGCAGUCCAUCGACCGAGCCAAGGCACUGUUCAAGGAGCUGGUUUUCGACGGAAUCAACGUCGACCAGAUCCAUGGAGACAUGACUGCGGCCAAGCGAGCUUCCGUCAUCGACCGUUUCCGAAACGGAGAAGUCUGGGUGCUAAUCUGUACCGACGUUCUGGCCCGAGGUAUCGAUUUCCGAGGCAUCAACCUGGUCAUCAACUACGAUGUACCCCAGUCUGCACAGUCUUACGUGCAUCGAAUCGGACGAACCGGUCGAGCUGGCCGACUCGGCAAGGCCGUCACCUUCUUCACCAAGGAGGACGCUACCAAUGUCAAGGUGGUAGUCAAUGUCAUGAAGCAGUCUGGACAGGAGGUACCCGACUGGCUCAACAACCUCGCUCCCCUGACUCAGAAGGAGCGAGACAACAUCAAAAACAGACCCAUCAAACGAAAGAAGAUCUCUACUCAACAUGCUCUGGCUAACAACAAGAAGAAGCGGGCCAAACAGCAGAUGAAGGGUCUCAAGAAGAUGAAGAAGGACGACGAAUAA